AUGCAGUCCAUUAUACCCUUUCAGUUCGCGUCAGGAUGCUCUGAUUUCAUAGGCUCCAUUCCAGAGACAAUUAGCAACCUCAAGCAGCUACGGGAGUUACGCCUUGGGGAGCAAAUGCUGUCAGGGCCCAUCCCCGAGUCAAUCGGAGCUCUCACCAACCUGGAACUCAUAUGGUUGGAAGGCAACGGUCUGAGUGGCAACGGUCUGAGUGGCAACAGUCUGAGUGGUAACGGUCUGAGUGGCAACAGUCUGAGUGGCACCAUUCCGGCCUCCAUUGCCCACCUCACCGCACUCACCACCUUGUGCGCCCAUUCUCCCUCCACCCGCCUCUCUCCCAUUCUCCCUCCACCCGCCUCUCUCCCAUUCUCCCUCCACCCGCCUCUCUCCCAUUCUCCCUCCACCCGCCUCUCUCCCAUUCUCCCUCCACCCGCCUCUCUCCCAUUCUCCCUCCACCCGCCUCUCUCCCAUUCUCCCAACACCCUAAGCUUCCCAUCUCUGAGGAAACUUAACGACAACCGUCUUGCGGGGACUAUACCUCUUGCAAUCACCACGCUCACUAAUCUCGCAUACCUCCACCUUGAUUCCAACCAGCUCACGGGAGAGCUGCCCUCCUUCCACCACAUGCCCCACCUCACAUCGCUGGACAGGCUGUCGGCUGCCUACAACUACCUCACAGCCACAGCAGACGCCUUCCCGUUCAACACCACCAGCCCAGACCCAGACGACCCGUCAGAAGGCCAUAGCGCGUGCCUGUUCACCCGCAACUGCCUUGAAAGCAGCCGGAUCUUCUGCGGCCCGAGGCUCAAGCAGAGGCGUGACAGCGAGUGCCUGUCAUUCUGUGGGGUGCAAGCACAACCCCUCACCCCGCCGUGCAGCGGUCAUGGCAUGUGCUCCUUCGUGCCGGAUCCGUCUCUCAACAUGGCUCCCUGCUAUGAUGAUGAGGAUGAGAUCCCGCCAUCCUACUGCGAUUUUGAGGGACAGUGCACCUGUGAUGAGGGGUAUACGCCAGGGACUGCUGCUGGCAUGUGCGUCUCUCACGAUACCCUGCCAGUGCCUCAAGGCACCAACUUUCCCUUUGAGCCGCCAGGCACUUCCGUCGUGGGGGUGGUUCUGUCUGAUCUCCAGGCGCCUAAAAACCACCUGCUGCUGCUGCUGCUCCUCCUUCCACCGCUGUUGCUGGCCUUCUCACUGCCACAUUUACUGAGGCGCCUCUGGGAUCGACCCCCCACGCGCUACUACUUUUCAAAGAGAGCCCUCGCUGCCCGGCAAGCUGCCAUGGGUGUGGAGAUCUCUUGA